AUGUCUUCAAUAAACAUGAAUAAUUUAAAAAUUGAAAAUGUUCAAAAUUUGGAAGACGAAUCGUUAGAUGAUUCACUAUUCGAAACAAAUGUGAAUUAUUUUGAAAACAGGAGAAACAUGGCAAUUUACAAAGGCAAAAGAUUCAAGAAAGCAAAGAAUGCUGUAAGCAAAAUAGUUAAAAGCUCCAACAACGCUGAAAAAAUUUCAACCAAGCCCAAAAUUAAUGCCUCUCCAACAACUUCAGUAGAAAAUCUCUCCAUAAAUACCUCGGUCUGGUCAUCCGACUCUAUCGUUCCUAACAACGUCAACAACAAUUCGUAUUCAUCGUUUAUUUCUCUUUACCCAAUUUAUUUCACUGAUUGCUCAGCAAAACCUCUAACAUCUGAGGACAACAUAAGUACCAAACCAACAAUUAUCGAUGAAGAUGAAGGAUCACGCAUGUACAUCAUUUCCCAUCACAACAACUGUCCAGCAUGCAACGCUGAAAAUCGACAGUGUAGCAUUAGUGACAAUUCGGAUCAUCUAAAACAACUCUGCAUGAUAUUAGCAGUCCAACAGUCGAACUUAUCUGUGAACGGGAGAUUAUAA